UUGUGCUUUGCGGCUAGCCGGCACUUUAUGCGACACAGAGAGAACCAAAGAGAGAGAGAGAGAGAGAGAGUGAAGAGUAGAGUUAACUACCGCGGACGCUGCUGCUGUUGCUAAACUUAUUUCUGUUGGAAUUGUUGUCGCAAUCAUAGCCGUUUUUAGACUUCGUCAGCGUCGUUUAUCCAUUGUCGUUGUCAAUUUUUUGUUAUUCGAUUGUUGUUGUUGUUGUUCUUGGUGUGCGUGUGUGUGUGUCGCCCAAAACGCUGGGACAGCAUCGGAUUGUGGUCGGAUCGCGUCUCGCCCAGUGUUUAUUUAUUUAAUUCUCGAGCUGCGCAAGCGUCGACGCUAACGCCAACGCCGACGUCGCCGUGACGUCAGGCGUGCAGAAUUAAGUUGAAAGCCAAAACAAUUACCAUAGCCAACAACCAACUAAAAGCAAACAAACCGCGAUUUUACAGCCGCAACGGUGUUUAAUUGAACAAUUAGCAAAAUCUCAACAUGUGGGCGUCACUACUGAUCGUUGGCUUUAUGCUAAGCACAGGCACAAAAAGUGAGACAGCGAGUGGAAAAUUUCCCUGCAACUUUGCAGACACUGUAAACAUAACCGAUGGUCUGCGCCUCAAGGAUGGCUCCUACUCCUACGCAGGCGUGUUGGUGCCGCCAAAUCUCAUCGCCGAGUACAACUUCAAGGUGAUCGAUGGCGUUGAGUAUCGCGCAGCGAAGCAUUUGCGCGGCUGCGUCUGUUUGCUGAAGCCCUGCAUUAGCAUGUGCUGCCCUGGCGAGCUGGUGUUCAACACGGAGAGCUGGAACUGCAGCAAGCCCGCGCUGUCCCAUCAAGUGGCACACAUUGAGCUCACCCACAGCAAUCGCAGCGUGUCGCAGGUGAAGAUCAGCGAUCACUUUGUAGUGCGCACUGAGCUCGGAUGUCGCAACAAGUUCGUGGACAAGAAGCACGACAGCUUCUGGCAAUGGGAUCUGCAUGAGAAUGGCAGCCUGGCACGCGAUGAGCGGCUCUGGAGCACGGAUGAGUACUGCUUUACGCUGCUGGAGCACAAAAAGGCGUGGCAGCUAACGCCUCUCAACUGCGAACGCUUUCAGCGAGGCUACAGAGUUUGGAUCUAUGCCAUAUGCAGCAUUAUUGCUAUAUUGAUCAAUAUAUUUAUACUAUCGCUGCUGGGCUCCAUUAAGGAAGCACGCAAGAGUCACUAUGGCCAGCUCAUCAUUUACUAUCUGCUCACUGUCAUUGUGGGCUACGCCCUGCUCGUCUAUUUGUCGCUCAAGAAUCCCAUGAAUCUUUCCCACGAAGCCUGCCGCAAUAUUGGUUUCCUCGCCUAUUUCUGUAUUAUGUUAUCCUUUGUCUACCUGGCCAUCUGCAGCUUUGACUUUCUGCUCAAGUUCCGUCUCGUCUCCAUACGCAGCUGGGUGCGCAAAUUGAGCUACUUCAUUGCCCUGCUCUGCGUGAUUGCUCUGCGUUUUCUUGUAUCCUUUGCGCAGGACUCGCAGCUGCCUAAGCACCUAAAGCCAGGCAUAGGCGAAGACUACUGCUGGUUCGAUUUGAGACUUUGGGGCAUAUUCAUUUACUACUAUGGGCCGAUUAUGCUGCUGCUGAUCUUCAGCCUGUGCUGCAGUCUCAAAGCCUAUUUCUCCAUCUACAAACUGCCAGAGGAUACGCAAUAUGUGCUGGGCACACAGCUGCGCAUCAUGAAGACGCAUUUUUACGCCUUCACAGCCUAUUUAAUUGGCGUCUUCUCCGUGUGGACACGUGAGAUGAUUGUCUGCAUCAUGGCGCGCAUGCGUGAGCAUUUCAUCAUCAUUGAUUUCUGGAGCGGCAUCUGCAUACUCGGCCUGGCCAUAGCUGGAUUUUUGCUGCUGCUCGGCAAGAAUUUGCAUGUGCGCUCCUGGUGGGCCAUUAAUGUCGAAUCCAGUCAGACUGACUUGAGCAUUAUCAAUGCGCGUGUUUAUAAAUUCGAUGAGAAGGGUGAUCUCAAAUCGCCGGACUCGCCCUACAAGUCAACCGUGACAUCACUGUAAUUGAACUGUGGUCUACACUGCGUAUACUUUUUAUAUAUGACGUAUUUUACUUAAUUAGUGCACUAUUAAGACUCGUUAUACUAUAUAGCAUUAUUAUUUAAAACAAAAGCUGCCUUGCUUCGUUUAGUUAAGUUUGCAAAGCAAAACAAUCAGAGCAAUAAAUGUCGGAGGGAAAUGCA